CAUCAGGUCCUGAGACAUGAAGAGUUCGAGGAAGGCUGUAAAGCUAGCUGCAAUGGCCCUUAUGAUGGAAGGUGGAGUAAAACAAUGGUGGGCUAUGGACCAGAAGACAAUCACUUUGUUGCAGAAUUGACGUACAAUUACGGUAUUGGAGAAUAUCGACUUGGCAAUGACUUUCUGGGCAUAACACUUGUGUCCAGCCAGGCUGUGAGCAAUGCUAAGAAGCUGGGAUGGCCCCUCAGCGAAGUUGCCACUGGUAUAUUUGAAACUGAGGCCCCGGGAGGAUACAAGUUCUACUUGGAAGACAAAGAACAACGAAAGCAAGAUCCUGUGCUAAAGGUAACUUUGGGUGUCUCCGAUCUGCAGAAGUCUAUUAACUACUGGUCUAAUUUGCUUGGGAUGAAAAUAUAUGAGAAGGAUGAGGAAAAGCAAAGGGUUUUACUAGGCUAUGCAGAUAACCAGUGUAAAUUGGAGUUGAAGAACGUUGGAGGAGCAGUGGAUCAUGGGACGGCAUUUGGGCGGAUUGCCUUUUCCUGCGCAAAGGAAGAGUUGCCAAACAUUGAAGCACUCAUGAAAAAGGAGCAUCAGAAAAUUUUAACACCUCUAGUUAGCUUGGACACACCUGGCAAAGCCACAGUGCAAGUGAUUAUUUUGGCGGAUCCUGAUGGCCAUGAAAUCUGCUUUGUGGGAGAUGAAGCAUUUAGAGAUCUGUCCAAGGUGGAUCCUAAUGGUGAUAAACUGUUAGAUGAUGCCAUGGCAGCAGACAAGAGUGACAAAUGGUUUGCAGAGAAAAACAUGAAGAAGGCUUCUGCUUAGUUGGAGAAUAAGACUCGUCUGAUCAUUUGUGCCUUGGUUGCCAUCUGAGUGAAAUGCCUAUAAUAUGUAACGUGUUGUGUUAUCCUCUUCAAUAAGAGGCCAGUGUAAUGCUGGGGGUUUUUUUGAGCUUGUAUCUCUUAAUGCUAAUCUCUCCUUUCCAGUAAAUGCUACGUGCUCCUUCAAAUGUAUGCAAAAAAUUGGGUUGUACAGUAAGGAACAGAUUGAGCAUAUGGCUUCAAAAACAGGAACCAUGAGUUAAUAGGUAGAAAAUCUCUCACAUUUCUCUAUUCCUGUUAGACUUGAAAAGGAGGCCCAGAGUUUCUCCUCUAACACUGCUACAGCUCUCUGAUAUCUUGUGUAGUGCGCUGUUAACAGCUGUUAGCGUGCUGUGAGCAGCUGUCCUCAGUUAGCCUUCUGCCAUGGUUGUGAGUGAAUAACGCUUCUACGGUUUUCCUGUUUAAUGUCACCAGAGGCAAAUUUCUGAUGUAUUGAAACAAAGGUAUUAAAAGAUAAUUAAAAAGUGGGACCCUAAUUAAUUGGCUAUAUUCAUUAAAGAAUUAAAAUAGGAAUUAAGUUUGUGGAUGAAAUGAAAGCUAUUUACAGAUGUUCUCAAACAUUCACUAUUAAAGCAAAACGUGAGGUCAAUAGUAACAUAAGAAUAUUACGUGGAAAAGGCCUAUUCUGUUCCCAUUAAUGGAUGGGAUAAGUUAAGGAGAAAAUUUCCAUGUCAAAAGCUUAUCAACAAUGGUAGAGUCAGAGAGCAGGUACUAUUAAAGCUUAUUCUAUAAUAAAUCUGUAGAUUCAUUAGAAUCUGUGGAUUUAUUAGACUAUCUAGUCCUCCAGUUAAUUGGAUUUGGCCAACCUGGAUUUGCUGCUCAGAAAAUAGGUUUUCAGGUAGCUCUGGCUCUGAAUAUGGCAGCUGUCCUGCUUUGGUGAUGAACUUUCAAGCUGAAGCUGAGGGGGUGUCUACAGAGAACUUGACCGUUUUGUAGCUAUGAUAGCGGACUCUUAUUUAUUGAGAACAGGGUAACUAUCCUGGUGAUGCAUGUGAAUAUUCUAGUCUGGAAAAUUAUUUUCAUUCCAAAAUCUUUGCCCGGCUUUCACGGUGAAGUAUGCACUUUGGAAAGCUGGAUGGAUUUCUCACUGGGGUCAUACUACGUGAAUCCACUGGAUGUAUUCGAUCCCAUACCCAGCCCCUGCCUGCGUAGCUGCUCAGCGCAGCACACAGCACCGCACGUUCCAGGCUGGAGCCUGGCUGUGCCUCGGGGGGUGCAACAGCUCCGUGCCUUCCCCUGAGGGGCCAGGAAGUAACUUCAGAUACGUACACAUGGCUUUGCAGUUAGCUUUGAUGUUAAAUUACCUUUUGGAAGCAAUGGUUAUGGGUUUAUGGGUUGGAAUAAAGUCGCUCUGCUUUUGCUAGUGGAAUGAGAACUUGGGAAUACAGGGACUCAUUACUAGCAUUGUUCAUGUUAGGCAGGCUAGCUGGCUUUUAAUCUUUCUUCAUGAAAACCUGAAAUAAGUUUUACAGAAAAAAGGAGGCAAAAUCAACAGCAUUAGCAGUUGUGUAUCACUGAGACAAUUUAAAUGCUUACGAGGAAUAUGCUGAAUUAAAAUGGGAAAAAAUCCUCAAUAUGUUGUUUGCGCUUUUUGUUUCAUUCGAUUAAGCCAACUACUGAUCAAGUAAAAAUAUUACACUUAAAUUGUAUCUCCACAGCCUGUUGUUUUGAAAACGUGCAAUUAAAUGAAUAAAAGUGCUUUGUGGUGACGAUGA